UCCUGGCGCAUGGCACCCGCCGCCCAGUCGCCGCGGUGGCUGCCGGGAUGCGCCGCAGCGAAUGGUCGCGCCGGGCGCAGCUCUGAGUGACCUUUCACCCCCGCCCAGCGGUCCCGGGCGGUGGCACAAGGCGGAAGCCAUGGCGGAGGCGGCGGCGGCUGCAGCGGGCGGGACGGGCGCAGGCUCCGGCUCUGUAGCGGACCGGGACCGGGAUCGGGACCCGGACCGCGCCGGGCGGAGGCUGCGGGUUCUCUCGGGCCAUCUGCUGGGCCGGCCCCAGGAGGCUCUGAGUACCAAUGAGUGCAAAGCGCGGAGAGCCGCGUCGGCGGCCACGGCAGCACCCACGGCCACACCCGCCGCGCAGGAGUCGGGAACCAUCCCCAAGAAGCGGCAAGAAGUUAUGAAAUGGAAUGGAUGGGGAUAUAAUGAUUCCAAAUUCCUCUUCAAUAAGAAGGGCCAAAUUGAGUUGACUGGGAAAAGGUACCCUCUUAGUGGCAUGAUUUUACCGACUUUUAAAGAAUGGAUCCAAAAUGCCCUUGGAGUAAAUCUGGAGCAUAAAACUACCUCUAAAGCAUCCUUAAAUCCUAGUGAUGCACCUCCUUCUAUUGUAAAUGAAGAUUUUCUUCAUGACCUUAAAGAAACUAAUAUUUCAUAUUCACAAGAAGCAGAUGAUCGAGUAUUUAGAGCUCAUGGUCAUUGUGUUCAUGAGAUAUUUUUGCUCAGGGAAGGAAUGUUUGAGCGAAUUCCUGAUAUAGUUCUAUGGCCAACAUGUCAUGAUGAUGUAGUUAAGAUUGUGAAUCUAGCGUGCAAAUAUAACCUUUGUAUCAUACCAAUUGGUGGAGGAACAAGUGUUUCAUAUGGCCUGAUGUGUCCUGCAGAUGAGACAAGAACAAUUAUUUCUUUGGACACUUCACAAAUGAAUCGAAUCAUCUGGGUUGAUGAGAAUAAUCUGACAGCUCAUGUAGAAGCUGGCAUAACAGGACAAGAGUUGGAAAGACAGCUUAAAGAAAGUGGUUAUUGUACAGGUCAUGAACCAGAUUCCCUGGAAUUCAGCACUGUGGGAGGAUGGGUAUCUACUCGGGCAUCAGGCAUGAAGAAGAAUAUCUAUGGCAAUAUCGAGGACCUGGUGGUUCAUAUAAAAAUGGUAACACCUAGAGGUAUAAUAGAAAAAAGCUGUCAAGGACCUCGUAUGUCAACAGGCCCUGAUAUCCAUCACUUCAUCAUGGGAUCUGAAGGAACUCUUGGUGUAAUAACAGAAGCUACAAUAAAAAUCAGACCAGUCCCUGAAUACCAAAAGUAUGGCUCGGUAGCUUUCCCUAAUUUUGAACAAGGAGUAGCCUGUUUAAGAGAAAUUGCAAAACAGAGAUGUGCUCCUGCAUCUAUUCGCCUCAUGGACAACAAGCAGUUUCAGUUUGGUCAUGCUCUUAAACCUCAGGUUUCCUCUAUUUUUACAUCAUUUUUGGAUGGAUUAAAAAAGUUUUAUAUUACAAAGUUUAAAGGAUUUGAUCCAAAUCAACUAAGUGUAGCCACGUUACUGUUUGAGGGGGACCGUGAGAAGGUUCUUCAACAUGAAAAACAAGUGUAUGACAUUGCUGCAAAAUUUGGUGGGUUGGCAGCUGGAGAAGAUAAUGGACAGAGAGGUUAUUUACUGACCUAUGUCAUUGCGUAUAUUCGAGACUUGGGUUUGGAAUACUAUGUAUUAGGAGAAUCUUUUGAGACUUCUGCUCCUUGGGACAGGGUUGUAGAUCUCUGUAGAAACGUAAAAGAAAGAAUAACAAGGGAAUGCAAAGAAAAGGGUGUUCAGUUUGCUCCUCUUUCUACAUGCAGGGUGACACAGACUUAUGAUGCAGGUGCAUGUAUCUACUUCUAUUUUGCCUUUAACUACAGGGGAAUUAGUGACCCAUUGGCUGUGUUUGAACAAACUGAGGCAGCUGCUAGAGAAGAAAUCCUCGCAAAUGGAGGGAGCCUGUCACAUCAUCAUGGAGUGGGCAAGUUACGGAAGCAAUGGCUAAAGGAAAGUAUCUCUGAUGUCGGCUUUGGGAUGCUGAAGUCUGUCAAGGAAUAUGUGGACCCCAAUAACAUCUUUGGAAACAGAAACCUUUUAUAAAUCCAUUAGUAUCGUUUAAAAAAAAUGUCACUUUUUAAAAAAAGUGUUCAACUAUGGUUAUACCAGUAAUCAAAUAUAUCAUGGACUAUAUUUUGGCUACAUUUGUUUAUUGAUUUAAAAUAAGUUUGUUUUCAUUGUGUAGUUUGUUUUGUUUCUACAUCUAUGGAUUGACAGAUGGUAUUCCUAAAUCUCUCUCAUUGUAGGUGCAUCAGUUUACAGCCAACUGAUUGUCAUUUCAAAUUUUAGUCAAGCAGCUCCAGGCUGCCAGUUAUUUCAGAGGAAGAUGCUGCCAGCUGUUUUGUAUUGAUGCUUCCUCCUGGGGAACAAAGGCAGAUUUUGGUGUCAUCUAUUGCUCAUCUAGCUUCUUUUUAAAAGAAUAUUUCUGGGAAGCAGGUAUCUAGGGAAGGGGAUUCCCCUGAGGAAUGAUACAUGUGUAUGUUUAUUAAGAGCAUAUUCUAGUGUGAGUAGGCCAUUAGGGGAAUAUAUUCAUGAAAGGAUAUAGGCAGCCUGUUAUUUAGAAUGCUUUCAGUUUGGUAAGGUGCUUGGCCUACAUUUUUCUUUGAAAUUACUAUACAGGUAUAAAACCUUAAAUCAGCAGUAUACAAAGUAUUCUGUUAGGGGACAUGUUUUUCUCUAUGUGUCUGUUUCUUCUGAGAUAUGAGUUGUAUUUUUAUUACUGAGAUAACCUAUUGUUAUAACCUAGUUCAUUUAUAAUAUGUUUUGUAAGAAAAGCUGACUUAUCACUCAUUGUAAGUGAAGAACAGGUUUACCAUGAAAUGAAUGCCUUUAUUCAACUUAGAGUCCUAAUGUUUCUGAUUUCACAUUCUUGUUGCUGAGAUGCAGAAGAAGAAGCUACAACAGGAGCAGAAGAAAGACUUCUUACACAUAAUGUCUCCAGUUGAAAGAAUUGUUUGGCUAAGAAAACAGUCAUUGUUUAGCUAUUGAAGUUGAAAGCCUAAACAGUUUCAAUGACAAAAAUCUUUUUUAAAAAAAUUAACUCAAACAGCAUGUAAAUUUUCAUAUAAAAGUAAAGUGUCAAUUUAGUUUUUAAAUAAUGAUUUAAUGCCUUUUUUGAAUUACUGGUUUAACCUAAAUUUAAAACAAAAUUAAUGUAUUAUUGCAUAUACCAUAAUCAAAAGUUUGAAGUAUUCUCUUUCUUAAAUGAGAACAUUAAUCACAUUAGCAAGCAUUUUUACAUUCAAACCUGGAUAUUAAAAUAAGUGAAAUGAUUACUUUGAAUCACUGUCUGUCAGGGUUCAUGAUUCACAUUUUGAGAUGGAUUCUUUUCUUAAUACCUAACUUUUGAUAGUUUUUUAAAAUUAAUAUUUGAUCAGCUAAUGUAAGUCAAAAUGCAGACGAUCCUUUAAAAGGACACACUGUCUGUCUAUGUAGCAACAGCUCUAAAGUAUUUUUGGGCAGUUUGAUACCUUUUAUAUCUGAAGUAGCCUUAACCAGAAAAAUGAAAAUUUAAAAUUGACAAAAAGAUAUUUUUAAGACUUCAAAAUGGUAAAUAAUUUUUAACUAUUAAAAUUGGCCUCAAACUAACUAAUAAACUUAAAUCUAUAAGCAAAUCAAAAUUAAUUAGUUUAACAACAAAACUAAAUAUUUAUUUUUUAGAAGCUGCCUCUCUUCAUUGGUGAUUUAUUUUUAAUUAUAAAAUUUUCAGCAGAUCUUUGCUUAAAGCCCUCGAUAUUUGAAAUAGUUGGACACUUGGGAAGAUUACCUCUAGAAUUAUAAAAAUCUUAGCUUUAUAAAAUGCAUCUAUUCAUCAAGGUAAUUUCUCUAAUUGGUGAUCAAUAUAUAAAAUUUAAUAAGCUAUUAAUGUCUCACUGGAAGGAUACACAUGUUUCUGAGUAAUUUUUUUUUUUUUUAAAUAAAACAGAUUCAUAAGCAGAUUCAUUCCUUUGCAUGUGAUUGUUAUACCAUUCUCUCCCAGGGAGUUCAGAUUUCAGCCACCUUGGAAAAUCUGUAUUUGAUAUUAGGAAACUAUAAAUGUAUCACCUAAUAUUAUUGUGUUCACUAUUCUACAUGAAUCUUCAGGAAAUUAAUGAUUUAUGUCAUUUUGUUUUUCUUUUUCAAUGUAUGCAGAACUCCCCAACCUUGAUUUUAUAAUGGUGACUACAUUUUGUAGUUGGAAUCAUUUCUACAGGGAUCAUUUUGAAACAUAAGAACAUUCAUCAGUAGUGUUUUGCCCUGAUGUUGUAAAUCAGAAAGCUUUCCCCCCACUUUCACACACCCACUUCUGGAGGUGCCUCAGUAUAGACUUAGUGUCUGUGGAGGACUGAGUUCAUGAAUAUGCACAGAAGCACUUAAACCAUGCCUCUUAUUUCUGAAGUAUCUAAAAAUGGCCUCGUUAAAGUUAAAGCCAGGAGAUCAUUAUGUGAGGCUUCUUAACUCAUUUUGAAAUAAGUUUAUUUAAAAAUUUAAAAGCCCAAAUGUAGUCCAUUUGGUUUUCAGUAAUGUGCAACACUGACUUCUUUUUCUUAAAUUGGUCAUAUUUGUAAUAUUUUACUUAAGUUUGAUGAUGUCACAUUUGGAAUGGGUUUCAAUGAGAAUGGAAACUUGCUGCUACCGAGAAAUGGCAUUGAAUACUAAAGACUCAAUAUGAACAGGCUUUAUUGACCUUUAGGGAAACUGUUGCCUUAAUGUUUGGUGCAAUUUAUAGUAGUGCAUAAGUGAAUUUAGUCUUAUGAUAAGUGACUUGAGCUUUUUUUAGUUUCGUAAGAAUCGUAGAAGCCACAUGUUUAUUGUGCCCUUCGUUUUACACAGAGAAGAUUGGAUUCUUUUCUCUUCUGAAGAACUAGGAGUUUUCUUCCUAAAAGUGCUUACAUAUUAUAAUACUAUUACUUAACAGUUAUUUAUGAAGCUAGAAGCCUUCUAGUAUGCAUAGUUGUGUAUUUUGACAACAAAAGCUCAAUUAAGGAUGAGCUUCCAUCAGUGUCUAUAUUAUACCACAUACAGAUGGUUGCAAGGAAGCCUUUUUUCCCCAGAAUAUUCUGUUAGUAACUGCUAAGUCCUAGUUGCAUUUUUGAAAAUGCCUUUCUGCAUGUUGGCCCCCAGCAAUCUUCCUUUGUCAUAUUCUUUCUUAGCUACAACUUCUUAACUGUAGCUGAUCAGAGAUACUCUGUAGUCCCAAGCUGAAUUGUGUUCCCAUGGCUGUUCAAAAUGGGGCUGGGUUUGGUUGAGCUUCUAUUCCAUAUAAAUGUCAGAAAAUAGUUAUUUACUACAGAUUGAUUUGCAAACUGCAUGUGCUGGUGCUUGAGGCAGCCAAAAUGGAAUGCUGUAGAAAGCAUAUCUAUAUUUUAAGAAACACUGAGACAGGAAUUAAGGAUAGCUUUAAUAACUCUUUGUUUACCACUUAAUCUUUAGCAACUUUGUUUUUAAUUAGGACUUAGGUCAUGGUGGGAGAAAAGUAGAAAGUAACAAGUGCCAGUUUACGAUUGAAGAAUCCAGACUGUUUCACCUUUGGCUUUGAGUUAUGGAAGCUUGACCUUGCUCUAGGCUUCACUUUCCCAAAUGAGCCAUAUGUCAGUAUAUUCCCUCAAUUCUUACUAAUUUCAAUGUCCUGGAAAGGAAACAAUUUAUACAUUGAUGCUAAAAUCCAGAAAGUGUCAAAGGUUUUCUUAAAUGGUUGAAAUAUAGUGUCUGAUAUAAGUUACUCAGCUUUCUGCUCCCUAAGCCAAACAGUAUUUGUCUUCAAUGUGAAAUUUUACUGUAAAAACUACUUGUAAUGUGAAGAGAUUAUAGAAACAUAUUGUUAAUAAAAUGGACCUGGGUCUAAGAUUUAUUUUUUUUUCUUUAAAGGGAGUGUGAAGCUAUUUAUUCUUCUGUUUGCAUAUGGGUUUUUCUUUCAACUUUAGUUUUUUGUCUUCAUAUUUCCACUGAUCUGAAAACAAAUUUUUUUCAUAAUUUUACUGAUGUAGCAUAAUCAAGUGCAAACUAUGACUAAAUCUUUAGAUUUAUAGCUGAAGAUAUUGUUAGCUAGAGUUUAUCAAUCUCUAAUUAUUUUUAAAGUCAAUGUUAUAUUCCUAGGAGGUGUGUAGUCUCCUGUGAACCUGAAGCAUUCACUUUUGAACCUUGGAAGGUCCUCAAGGAACGCUCUUGUGCUCUUCUAACCACAGUUAAUUCCUUAACAAACAAGAGUAAGGACCACUGAUGUAUUGAACACCCAAGCCGAAGAACCAUCACAGAAUUCAAUAACUUUAGUUCUGUGAAUAUGAGAAAAAAUUCCUUUUUGGUUCCCAAAGGAGAUUGUAUGUUUUUCCACAAGAAAGAAAAAUCAAACAUUAAGAACAUUUUUUCAGAGACUCUGAAUUCCAAAUCUGAGAGUGAGAAAAAGAAAAAAAAUGUUUUAGUGUGGAUUUCUAAACAACAUAUAUAUUUUUAGGGUAUCUUAUUAGUUGGCAGUGCUUUUCAUGAAAACCACAGGCAUCCUAUAAAACACAUUUUUAACUCUUAAAGUAUCUUGUUCACAUAUCCAAAAAGGACAUGAAAUGCUUGUACUGGUAUACAGUUUUCAAUAAGUAGUUAUUUUUUUGAGCUACUUAUACAAUAUCCCCAAAAGUUUACAGUGCCUUGUUGGGAUUUUUUUUUUCCAUGAAAAAGCCAUUAUUUAAAAUUAGUGGGAGAGGAUUCAUCUUCAAAGAGAGAGGUCAUUCAGUGGUUCAAGAUUAUUAUUCCUCUUCAAGAACAUGUCAGGACUUAAGUAGUUGUAUGUAGAAACACUGAUAAUCCUUGCCACACUGUUGGUUUGGAUUAUCUAUUCUAGCAUAUUUUACUAAUUUUAUGGUGGACCUGUACUCUGAUAUACAUCUAAUCAGUCAAUGGGAUUUGUAUGUGCUUUCCAUUCCUACAUUUUCAUUCCUGCUGCCCCAACCUAGUAGCCCUAAGAUGUGGCUUGGUGAAUGUGACACCAAGUCUUGAGACACUCACUACAUGCUUUUGGAUGUUUGCUCACACUGCUCCCUGAGGAGCAGAGCCAGUGAGGGAGGUUUCUAUUUCUAAUGUUGUGUGUCAGUCUUUUUUUGUGUGAUGGUGCCUUCAGAAUAAUGAAUAUUUCUGUUCCUGGACAGUGAUAAAUCUUAUGAGAAAUAUGUGUAGGUUAUAUAAUUUCUGUCCUUUUUAGCUAAGCCUGUGAAAUACUUUGGCUCUGAUACAACUUGACUUGAAUAAUAUCUUAUCCUGAGUCUUCCUCCAAGGCAGUACAUAUUCCUGCCAGUACUGUAGUAAUCUUUUGGGAACUACAUGUGGGUAAGCACUCGUAUGUAAGCCAUUAUACUGCUGUAACUAAUGCAUACAAACAGUUCUUCUCUUUACAUUUAUAGUCUAAAAGUGGAUAUGUAGUGAGAAGGAAAAUUCCUGAGAGAUUCCAGCAUAGCUUUGUCAAUUCAGACUGAGCCAUACUGUUUCCCACAAGGGCUCAACACAUAGCCUAUCUACCGCGCUUUCAGUGUAUGUUCAGAUUCUCCUUUUAUUGGUUUUCCUAGACUGUAUUGUUCUAUAAGCAAAUGCCCAUGUGUGAUUUUUAUGAUGUGCUGGGGAAAAAUAAAACAAUACCACAACCA